GGACACCAACUGCCCCAAACGUCAGAGCGCACUCAACUAUAAAUCUCUCCAAACAGCCCUAUGCGCGCGGUGCGGUGUUAUGCGCAGACAUCUGUCCCGCUUCAGUCCAGUAUGAGGACAACGCGUGUGGAAACUCUUCGAGCUGCAUAGACGCGGAGAAAUGGAGAAUAAAUACCCCGAUCGGCGUUGUUUACCAUGUGAAGAUACUGUCAUAUGUUGGCGACUAUGAACAUUUCACGCGGUUCUGGAUAUAACGGAGCGUAAACUGUUUUUUUUAUCAAGAGGCAGACCAGAGCUUCUUGACUCCUGGGAAGCCGAUUCGUGGACCUUGUGCGCCUUGCUCGUUGCACCGGACACGCUGAUGUCUUCAUUGAACUCGUCUCAGUCGGAGAUGGUGGAACUCUCUCGGAUGUCCAACGUGGAAACGUAGCAUCCAAUUAAUCAGCAACUGUACCCCGUAAGGCGCAGUGGCACUUGGUACGCUCUCUUCUAACACCCACCUUUGGACUCCAAAGUGUGGGAAGACGCGUGGUUUUGCCGGAUCGAAGAAUGAAAAAACUGGUGUGGAAUUUCAGCUUUUAUUUCUAUCGGGACGUAGAGCGACUUUGAACUCGUUUUUAGGGACAUUUUCGGAUUCAGCUUUGGACACUAAGACGCGUUUUCUCUUUGGGAUUUUAACACCAAGCCAAGCGAGUUUCGGUCUGCAUGGGCCAUAUUUAAGCUUUCUUCAUAGGAACUGAGUCUAAGAUGAAGUUAUGGGAUGUUUUGGCCACGUGUUUGUUGCUCCUGAGCUCUGUUGCUACACGGCCUCUCUACCAAAACACCAAGAGGACUCAUUUCCCCAGCAGCUUCAGUGAUUCUGCGUCCCUGUCAGUGGAGGACGAAGAGCCGACGUUCCAGCGUAAAGAUCACAACCUGCAGGAGAUCUCCAUGGAGGAUCAAUAUGACAUUGCGGGUCCCUAUCCAGAGCAGUUUGAUGACGUGAUGGAUUUUAUUGAGGCUACCAUUGGCAGACUCCGGAGAUCAGAGCCCAGCGGCGGCUCCAAGGGACGGAGGGAGCAGAGACAACGGGGAGCGGCGAACACGGGAGGCGCGAGAGGCGAGAGGAGAGGACAUGGCGACAGGAAGCGGGGUCGGGGACGAGGGGGGAAAGGAGGACGAGGCGAGAAGGGCCGGGAGGGGAUCACGGUGCAGACGCGAGGCUGCUUGCUGAAGGAGGUCCACCUCAAUGUGACGGACUUGGGGCUGGGCUACCAGACGAAGGAGGAGCUGAUCUUCAGGUACUGCAGCGGGCCCUGCGUGGAGGCGGAGACCAACUACGACAAGAUCCUCAACAACCUCACGCACAACAAGAAGCUGGACAAGGACACGCCCUCCCGCACCUGCUGCCGGCCCAUCUCUUUCGACGACGACUUGUCUUUCUUGGACGACAACGUGGUGUAUCACACACUGAAGAAGCAUUCUGCCAGGAAGUGCGGUUGUGUCUGAUGAAGUGACCGUCAGAGAACUAAGGAUCUCUGACCCGCCGGUGGGAUCUCUGGUGGACGAUGGUCACGCCUGUUCGAAAUAGGAGUGUAUCGUCUCUUAUUUUUGUUCGCGGUCAUCCGAAAUGAUGGAGCAGCCGUGAAAAAAAGAAGAAGCAAACUGUACAUUCAACUUUGAGCGUUCAUGCUCAGUCCUUCAGAACCCCGACCAGCAUCCACAGGAGGAACUAGACUGUUACACUUCUCUGAGAGGAAAGAAAACGGACUACGUCUGCUUGUUGGGUUUUUUUCCCCGGAGGAAUUCAUUUUCCCAGGAACAUAUUUUUCCAUGGCUGCUCCUAAGACUUCAGAUGAACAUGGAGAUUUGAGGAGUAUAUUCAGCUGCAAUCUAAAUGAUUUUCACUCAUAGUCUGGAUGUUGACAUUUACGUUCAGAGCCAAGGGAAGACAAACGCCACAGCAGAGCUCAGCAGAGACUUUUUGUUGCAAUGCAUUACAUAAAAUCCAAUCAUAUAUAUAUAUAUACACAUACACACACAAACACAUAAAUCCAUAUAUAUAUAUAUACACACAUACAUACAUGUGUGUAAGAGGUAUAUUUAUUAAGAGGAGAAUUAACUUAUUGUUAUUUAUUUCAAUCCAUUUUAUGAAAGAAAUUGUCAUUUUUCUUAUUUAUUUAAAAGCUUGGUGUGUCCUCGACGGUGCCACGUGGAGCAUUUUCUCAAGCGAAAUGUAAAAAGGUGAUCCAGAAACUCCUCAACACUCACCCACGAGACCUAAUAACGCUUAUUCGCUUCACUUAGAUUCCAGAGUUUCUCUAUUCAUGACACCAAAUGAUCAUCAUCAGCUAUCCCGUUAAGGAAAGGUAGCAAGAGACACAGAGGAGGGGACCAAUAGAAGAUUUAAAAAAAUGAAUUGAUUGUUGUUGUGGAGCAUUUUGAGGGACGGCAGGGUAGAUAGUUUCGGACAUGUCACCUGAUUUAUUUUCCAAAUGUGACCAUGCUAACAUAGGGGGGACUUCACAAUGACUCUUUGCUGCUGUUCAUGUUUAAAUUCAUAUUCCAGAUUAGAUUCAACCACUCAAACCAGGAGCCAUCACAUUUAAAACACAUUAUAAUUGUAAAAACGACACGACAGUAGUGGUCUCUCUGCAGGUGCCUCCGAGGAUCCAUCCUCGGAGUCACAGCGUAGAGAAGCUGCCAGGAGAUCUGCCCGGCGGGUACCGACCCGAUAGGUUUAAAGUCCACGACACUGCGUGUGGUUCUGACUCUGACAGACAGGUCGCAGUCCCCGAAAAGCGAUUUGAAAGUGAUCCUCCAACGUGAGUCUUAACUAAAUAUCCCCGUGGGCAAAGCCGUAAUGAUGAAGGCAGUUUAAGGAAGAUCCAGCCACCAUGGCGGCUGUCAUCGGGCAACUCCUGUAAAUACCUCGAGAGUAGCGGCUUGGACAAAAGAGAACGUUUUGGAGAUAGAAGUGAGACGAUGGGUGGGCCCAACAUGCUUCCUACAUGUAAUAACUAGUUCGGCCACGUUUGUUUUUUCUUCACCCAAACGAUCCACAAACAUACAUCCAGGAUAAACAUCGAGGCCUUCUGAAAGAAAGCAUGUUGCUGUGCCCGUCGUCGAGACCCUGCGAGGGGAUGCGCUUUAAGUGGAACAAAGAGCCCCCGGGUCGGUCUUGAUGCGAGCACGGAUUAGGGACCAAGGUAUCUGUGCCCACCCAGCAGCAAGCAAGCCAUCUUUACUGUGUAAUCCCCCCGCACACAGAACAAAUCCACGGCAUCAAGAUGAAUUAAGGCCAAACACCACACAGAGAAGAAGAAAAAAUCUCGCUUUUAUCACAGCAUACCUCAUCAAUUGGAUCAUCUUCCCCUUUAACAACUGAUUCGAGCGUAAUCCUUUCCAGAUGAGAAUGUGCAGCUCGGAGUCCUCCCGGGAGCCCCGAGCGCCUCGCUCCUUCGAUACCAUACAUUAAAGUGUGUAAACUGUGACCACUCGCCCUCUCAUCGUCAUGACUGUUGGUCCAACUGUUCCGUGAAACCACGAGUCCUUUGGCUUUGGCGCUAAAGUAAACAGGUAAACAGGUAACGACGCGAAGGAAUCCUCGGUGUUAAUAUUAGAAGGGAUCGGAUUUCCGUCUCACUCCUUUCGUCGUGUUCGCGCCUGUGUCGUGUCGUCUCACUUGUUUUGUGUUACUGAACCAAAGCUCUCUGCAAACUUUAUUUUUGUACAAUAUUCAUUUUAUAACUUUUUACAGAAUUAAACUCGUUUCUACUAAACAAGCGUGUCUCCUGGUGUUCUGCCAUGUACGAUAACUCACCGGUGCCAGAU